GAGUCUCGGAGACUCUCGCCCUUUUCUUCUUCUUCUCCUUCUUCUUCUUCUCAGUCGAUUGAUCCCUAGCGCCUCCUCCUCUUCGAGUGUCAGAGACUCUCGCCUCUCUCGCCGCCUUCUCUUCGAAGCCACAAGCCACACGCAUCCCAGUCGGAAUAAUGCCCAAGGUGAAGACUAACCGUGUUAAAUAUCCAGAAGGGUGGGAGCUGAUUGAGCCUACUCUCCGUGAACUGCAAGCGAAGAUGAGAGAAGGUUUUGAUUUAUUUCAUGUCAUACAAAACUCUUCUGAAUGCUUGCUGUAAAUUGUUCUCUAAAUUUUGCAUGACUACUGGUGUCUUUCUUCUUAAUUUUUUAACAGCUGAGAAUGAUCCCCAUGAUGGUAAAAGAAAAUGUGAGACGUUGUGGCCCAUUUUCAAAAUAGCUCACCAGAAGAGUCGUUACAUUUUUGACCUUUACCACCGGAGGAAGGAAAUAUCCAAGGAACUGUUUGAGUUCUGCUUGGACCAAGGGUAUGCUGACCGUAAUCUGAUCGCUAAGUGGAAGAAGCCUGGCUAUGAACGACUUUGCUGUUUAAGAUGCAUGCAAUCACGGGAUCACAACUUCCAGACCACAUGCGUUUGCCGAGUUCCCAAGCAUUUGAGGGAGGAGAAAGUUAUAGAAUGUGUACAUUGCGGUUGUAGAGGCUGUGCAAGUGGAGAUUGAUCAGGAAUGUUCUACAGAAUGGACAAUAGAUGAUCUGACUUCUAUCAUUUUGUUAUGCGUAAACUGUCUUAAAGGUGUGAGUUCUCUUUUGGAUAGCUUGGUCUUUGCUACUUGCUAGUGGUGUUGGUACCACAUGCAAUCAAUUGUAUGGAAUAUUGGUCAUAUCCUAUUGCAUGGAUAGAAAACUUUGGCUCUUACAUUGUAAUUUGCCCGAGGAUGUGACUGGAUUUAUGGUCGACUUCUUGGCAAACUGUACUUGUUCUUUUUGAUGUUUUGGUAUUGAUGGAGUGUUCUGUAAGUGGAUUAACAGCGAAAUUGAUUGCUUCUGGUCCUGUUAAUCUUAAACCUUGAGAAUUUACUCUUUGUUCCUAUAG